AUGCCUAUCGGUGAUUUGUUAGCCUCGAUCAGCGGAGGGGCGGACAAGACCUCAACGACUGUUCGCCCGAAUUCCGCCGCGAAUAUCAAGCGAAAGGCCAGCGCUGAGCUCUCCAGCAAUCUCAACAAGGCCCCGCGCGUCACGCCGCCGGCGCCGGCACCGGUGCCAAAGCCAACCCAGGCCUCGUCCGCUGCGCAGCGCUACGCCGGAACAGCGGCCGAUCGACCGUCGAGACCGACACCGAGCAAGCCCAGACCCGCGCCGCCCGCGUCCUCGUCCUCGUCCGCCAACGCCGCCGCCGCCGCCGCUCCCGCGAAGGCAGCACCGAAAAAGGGCUCGUUUGCCGAGAUUCUCGCCCGCGGCAAGGCGGCGCAGGCGUCAAUGGGGCAGGUCGGCAAGAUUCAGCACAAAAAGGUUGAGAACCCCCCGCGGCGGUCCAAGGAGGACGCUGCCGCCUCGGGACCAUUGACGGCAGCCGCGAGAGGGAAGAAACCGGUCGCGGCUCCCGGUUACGGUGGCACAUCACGGCCUUCGCAGCGUCCUGCGGGUAGCGGUAUCUCGAACGGUGGCAGCAGCGGCGCCAGACGACCCGGCGCCGGGUCCUCCUCGUCCCUGUCCAGGCAGCGGCCACCAACAUCCUCGUCAGGCGCCGCCCGUAAGCCUGCUGCCGCUGCUGAACCCGAGAAGAAGAUUAAAAAGGCCGCCACGGCGACGACCGGCUACGCGGGCACCGCGCGGCCCAAACUCAGCACCAGCGACUCCAAGAAGCGGCACCACGACGUUCCGCGCGGCGGCGCUCUUCUCAGCGCGCCCAAGGUCCGGCCUCGCGGCGGCAGCAAGUACGAUGACGAAUUCGACGAGGACAUGGACGACUUCAUUGACUACGACGAGGAGGAGGAAGACGAGGGCGGCGAGCCUCGCUACGGGUACGCAUCCGACGCCUCGUCCGACAUGGAGGCCGGCAUGGACGACAUUUACGACGAGGAGGACCGCGCCGCGCGCAUCGCCCGACUGGAGGACGUUCGCGAGGAGAAGCUGGAAAAGCGCCUCAAGGCCGCCAAGGAGGAGCGUCGCCGCAGAGCCCUCGGUGGCUACCGGUGA